CCAGUAGCAGAAAUCGAUGCAUCUUUUCGCGGUCAGAUGAAAAUAAUUCGAGUGUUACCAACGAAUAUCGAAAGCGAGGUAUCAACUCGUCAUGGACAUCGCGUGAUCUGUACGAAGAUGAAAAAGAGAAGCAGAAGAGACUCAUGGCAGGCCGAUCGCAUUAUUCAGAUUAGGGCAUCGACUGAGCCACGCGAGUAUGCGAGUACACGCGUUUCUUUGUAUGCGUAUGCACGUGAAGUGACGGCGCGUCCCGUCUCAUACCGUAGCGGGUCCCGGCGCCCCAGCGUCCGAGCAGAAAAAGGCACAAUAAGACUGAUAGAACUGAAAAACCAAGAGAUUCACGUUGCCGUGUUGGAGGAAGGAAAGAGAGAUGCUCCUUUAAAUCCCAUCAUAAAGACACAUAGCCAGAGGCUCUCAACAUUCUUCAAAAAUGACAUAUUUUUAUCAUAUUUUUCAAUUUUAUAUUUGAAUGAAGACUACUGUAUCAAUGCAACGUUAGAAAAACUAACUGCUUACGUCUUGGCCCUAUGGAACAAGAAAUAAGAGGCGCCAGCCAAAGUUACAGCUUCGUAAUGAUGUAGCUAUCUUGAUUUAACAUACCUCACAAUCUUGUCCGUUAGUACACGCUUAACUUGCUUUACUAGUACGAGCUUUGCCGUUCUUGGCAUAGCUUAACCCAUCUAUAUUUCCUUUACUGCUAAUAAUAAUGAUAGGAUGAGAAGCAAAGAAAAAACGAGAAAGACCAUCGAUUGAAU